AUGGCCGAAAUGGAGGUGGGCGACUGUUUGGGAUUCCAGAGGCUUCUCAGCUGGUUCGUGGGGGAGUCCUUUGAGCUUCUGGUCUUCAAGGGAUUAUAUAGGAAUGAGCUAUUAGCACACAAGACUGGUUCAUCUGUACAUGGUGCCGUUCUGAAAUAUGGGUUUGAGCAUGACUCACAUGUUCAAAGUGGUUCAAUUUACAUGUACGCAGGAUUGGGUGGCUUAGCUGCUUGCUAUUGGAUGUUCUCAUCAAUUCGUGAGCCAGAUUUGCUGUGUCAGAUUGCAAUGAUCAGUGCAUGUGUCAAGAUGAGAGAUUUUACUUUUGCUCGGAAGUUGUUUGAUAAAAGGCCCUACAAGGGCCCUAUUGCAUGGAAUGUAAUGAUUUUGGGAUAUGUGUAA